GUUAAAAAAAUAUACACAUUUACUUGUGAACAAUUUUUUCCUAAAAUAGAUGAUAAUCUUUCAUAAAGAAUGGAGGAUAUAGAAGAUGGUGAAUGUAGUAGUGAUGGGGAUAGUAUUGCUGGAUAUACACCUAUAGAGCGUCCUACAGAUGCUAAACCUUCUUUUAAACCUGCAGAUAUCCUUGAUGACACUGAUGAUGAUGACGAGGAUGAAUCAAGGGCUCAUCAAGAUGAUUCGGACUCCGACGAGGAUCGUCCAGCUGCUAAACGUAUGAAUAAAACUGGCCUCUGGGGUCGAAGGGAUGCACUGGUGCCGGAACCGACUGGAAAUGAAACCUUCAAGAUGAUGGCCGCCGCUUUCCAAGCAGACCGGAAAUCUAAGAAAAAGAAUAAUAUUUGGGGAACUAUUAUACAGGAGGAAUCAUUAAAUUCAACCCUCUCGGGGUUCGGAGUGAACAGAUCUCUGAAAGAUCUUGGAUCCGACCGCGGAGCAGAAACUUAUGAUUUCACUAUUCCGCUGGAAGAGAAAGCAAAGGAGAGACAGAGGCAGAAGGAGGCGAGGAAGAAGGACAAUAAACUGGAGGAGGAGAUGGAUAACUACUGGGGGUCUGGGGGACCUGGAGAUACAAUGGAGGAGACGGAAUCUCAACCUGUGAAACCUGAUGAGGGUUCUGAGGAGGUUGGGGAGAAGGAGGAGGGAGGGGAAAUAGAGGAGGGAAAGGGAGAGGAAAAGAGGGGAACAAAGAGAAGUGCGAAGGAGAGGUUGGGUAAGAGGAGAGUACCAAUUGACAGAUAUAACGGAGAGAGAUUAGCAGCACCUGGAGAUGCUAAGCAUUUAAUUGAUAUCGGAGAAGAAGAUCUUCUAGAGAACUCAGAUAAGGAGUUCGCCCAGCUUCUAGCAGACAGGCUAGGGGAGGAGAAACCAGAACUACUGGAGGGUCUGGUAUUUAAGUUUGGAAAAACCUUGGCACAUAAACUUUACAAAUUAACCCAAAAGACCGAGGCUGCCGGCGGCCUCGAAAUAAAUAACGGAGCACGUCGUCGUACGUCCGGUGGAGUAUACCUGUUCCUACUGAAGACUGAUCCCUCCCUCGGUAUUGAUCACGAAGCUGUUCGUGUAUUCCUCGCAGACUCUAAGAAGAAGGAGGACAGGAGAAUAUUAGAGGCUAGGAAGCGUAAAAAGAAAAAGGAUUUUAAUAAAGAAAUGAAGGAUUUCCUAAUCCUAAGGCAGAAUAUAGCGGAGAAGAAAGUGCAGGAAAUGGAAGAAGAUGGAGGAGAGGAGAAAACAGAAAUGGAGGAGAAGGAGGAGGAGAUAGAAGAACUAGUCGAGAUUGGAAAUAAUCCUUUCGCUAAAAUAAUUGGAUCCCUUGCUUCCAAAAAUGCACAGAAAGAAAGGUUAGUAUGUGAUCAGGAACCUGGCCCUCCUCCCAACAGUGUAGAGAGGGUGGAGAGAACACUGCAGGAGUACGACGACGACCUUUUCUGUACAACAGAUGAUAUUGAGCUUUCAUAAUCAAUCAUUCUUAAAAGAACUGUUAACUUAUUUUAACAGACCCACAAGUUUUGCUUUGAUUAAACCUUAAACCUCAGCAUUGAAGUUGUAGAUAUUUUUUUUCUAAAAAUUGAGAAUCUGCAGUACUUAAAAAACUCUCCUGUUUCAGAUGUACAGUGAGACUCAUUAAACUUUGGAAUUGGAAGACUACUUUUAGACUCAAGUUAUGACGUUCAAAAAACAUGUAAUACAGUAACAUACAACGUACAAUGUUCAUAGACCUAGUUCACUUAACAAGUUGUUUUUAAAGCUGCUGAUAAAACUAUUUGCUAUAUAACAGCAUCAAAUACUUGCUUAAAUGUCGUCUUCCUUUUCCACAGUUCUAUGUGUCUCAGAUUUUUUAUUGAAGAAAAACUUGAAACUUUUUUGUCCAUCCCUGAAACUAUCUGUAGAUGCAUUAGUGCUUGGUCAAUGGGAAAUAUAAAAAAGAGAAUAAUAAGAACUUGAAAUAAAACUGCUUUUUA